AUGGCCAUUUUGAUCGUGGAGCUGAUCUUUAACUCAAAGUAUGACUUGUUUCAGCGUAAGGUUCGUGCGGCUGAUGGAUACUUCUAUCCUACUCCCGCGGUGCCGUUUGAGUUGCCGAAGCGCACUACACCACCACCGCCCACCAGGCCUCCAACUCGUGUUCCUGUGACUUAUUUGCCUCCUACAAAUAAGCCGCAGCCACCAGUGACUACCACUACUCGCAGGCCACCACCUCCGACUACCAGGGCCACCGUUCGUACGACUCCAGCUCCAACCUACUUGCCUCCUACCAACAAGCCACUGCCCCCAGUGACUACCCGCAAGCCAACGCCAGCUCCAACCUACUUGCCUCCUACCAACAAGCCACUGCCUCCAGUGACUACCCGCAAGCCAACGCCACCACCGACUAGGUAUACUCCACCACCAACCCAGCGCACUGUGCCGACAACCAGGGCUACAGUUCGUACGACUCCAGCUCCAACCUACUUGCCGCCAACCAACAAGCCACUGCCCCCAGUGACUACCCGCAAGCCAACGCCAGCUCCAACCUACUUGCCUCCUACCAACAAGCCACUGCCUCCAGUGACUACCCGCAAGCCAACGCCACCACCGACUAGGUAUACUCCACCACCAACCCAGCGCACUGUGCCGACAACCAGGGCUACCGUUCGUACGACUCCAGCUCCAACCUACUUGCCGCCAACCAACAAGCCACUGCCCCCAGUGACUACCCGCAAGCCAACGCCAGCUCCAACCUACUUGCCUCCUACCAACAAGCCACUGCCUCCAGUGACUACCCGCAAGCCAACGCCACCACCGACUAGGUAUACUCCACCACCAACCCAGCGCACUGUGCCGACAACCAGGGCUACCGUUCGUACGACUCCAGCUCCAACCUACUUGCCACCAACCAACAAGCCACUGCCACCAGUGACCACUCGCAGACCAGCACCACCAACGACAAGGGCCACCAUUCGUACAACUCGUGCAACUAUUCGCCCAUCAAGCACACCUGCACCUACAUAUCUGCCUCCUACAAAUAAGCCACAGCCACCUGUGACCCGUAAACCUACCCCACCGCCGACUAGGGCUACCCCACCACCAACAAGGGCAACUCCACCACCGACUAGGGCAACCCCACCACCAACCCGGGCUACUCGUCCACCAACCCCACCACCAACAUACUUGCCUCCAGUGACCACGACCCGCAGGCCACCACCCCCUCCGACUACCAGAGCUCCAGUCCGUACGACUCCCGCUCCCACGUACCUGCCACCAACAAAUAAGCCACAACCACCUGUGUACACAACGACUCGUAGACCACCUCCACCGCCAACUACUCGUAGACCAACCCCACCACCUACUCGUGCAACACGCCCACCAACCCCACCACCAACGUACUUGCCUCCAGUGACUACGCCACGUAGACCACCACCACCACCAACUACUAGGGCUACCGUCCGUACGACUCGCGCGACCGUCCGCCCAACAAGUACGCCUGCACCUACCUACUUGCCUCCCACAAACAAGCCACAGCCUCCUGCUACGACUAGGGCUACUACCCGACCACCGACUCGUGCUACUCCACCCCCAACCCGGUAUACCCCACCCCCAACUCGGGCAACACCACCACCAACUCGUGCUACCCCACCACCAACUCGGGCUACUCGUCCACCAACCCCACCACCAACGUACUUGCCUCCAGUGACCACGACCCGUAGGCCACCACCCCCACCAACCACUAGAGCUACCGUCCGUACGACUCGUGCGACCGUCCGCCCAACAAGUACGCCUGCACCUACCUACUUGCCUCCCACAAACAAGCCACAGCCUCCUGCUACGACUAGGGCUACUACCCGUCCACCAACUCGUGCUACUCCACCCCCAACUCGGUAUACCCCACCCCCAACUCGGGCAACCCCACCACCAACUCGGGCUACUCGUCCACCAACCCCACCACCAACGUACUUGCCUCCAGUGACCACUACACGCAGACCACCACCCCCUCCGACUACCAGAGCUCCAGUCCGUACGACUCCCGCUCCCACGUACCUGCCACCAACAAAUAAGCCACAACCACCUGUGUACACUACGACUCGUAGACCACGACCACCACCCACUUACACUACCGCACGUGCAACUAUCCGCACAACUCCAGCUCCAACCUACUUGCCACCAACCAACAAGCCACAACCACCUGUGUACACUACCACUCGUAGACCACCACCACCACCACCAACGACUCGCCGGCCAACACCACCACCAACCAGGGCCACACCCCCACCAACCUACCUGCCUCCCGUCACCACUCAGAGGAUAACCACACGUGCCACUCAACGUACCACUCCGUACGUCCCACCUCCAACAAGGGCUAGCGUGCCACCAGCGACGACCAAACAUCAGGGUUACCAAUACCCAAGGCCCAACAUUCCCUUUGACUUCUAAGCGCCCGUUCAACUAGCUCAGUUAUAGCCGUCGAUGAAUUCAACGACGGUCAACGGCAGGAUGACAGGUGACAUUUCAUUUCAUUUUAAUUGAAAUAAUAUUGUCUUAUGAGAGGGGAUGCAAUAACUGAUGCUCUAUAUAUCUAGCAAUGCAAUGCCAACCAUAUUUCUAGGGCUAGAUACAUCUAGUCAAUACAGUCGAAAAGAUUUUUACAGCGUUUCAUGAGGGUGCUCGAAAUUGCGAAACCACUGAAGCGUCGGCAAGAAUGAAACUUGUUUGUUUUUAUGAAUUAAUGAAUCGCAUACUCAUACGAUUAGGGAUCACUGUAUCUAUGUAUCUAAUUUUUUGUAAACCCCUUUAAUACUAUAUUUUGCUAUGUUUAAUGUUUCCCAGUCAAAAUGCGUGUUUGCUUCCUCAACACUUUGUGUCUCAAGACUAUUUAGCUCUAUAUUGAAAUCAAAUGAAAAACAAACAAAUAUCUUUUAUGAACAUUUCUAAA